CAACAUAGGGGAGCGGGCCUCAGGUGUAGGCAGCGUGCUGAAGCGAUAACUGGAUACGCUCAGAUAUGAGAGAAGCUUUUUUUUCGGCGAGUUUCUUUUUUGACAAGCUGAUCCCUAUUGGUGAACUAUAACUAAAGGGUGGUUGUCGCUUGCGGGGUUGACAUUAUUUAUUGACAGCGUUCUAUUCUAUCUGAAAAAGGCUUGCGUGUGUAAGAUAUUCACAAAAGGACUGGGCCCUAAACAACUGGUUUCAAUUCAGAGAGAGAGGGACAGGGCUAUACCUACCUGUCCUGUUGGUUGCUGGUAGCGGCGUAUCAGAAGGAUAUUAUUUUCCGGCUGCAAGUGGAACAGACGUUGACUCAUGAAGAAUACAGAGGAGUAACCUAGUCAUAAUUUUAUUUGCUUAGCAUAUCUAUUUGUUCGUAAUGCUCCACCAACCUGUAAGAUCUCGUUCAAAAAAAGUUGCUUAAAUGGAAAAAAACACAAUUAUCCUUGUAUUUUUCACAAUAUUGAUUUUGUGCACAUGUGAAAAUAGACAGCGGUAGGCUAAAUCGAACGUUCAUGCCAUUUUAAGAGCAUAUGCCUACUGUUCUUAUAUUAGCCUACCGUUGCUAAAUUGCCUGAAUUGUAAACCAAAUUUGUCAGAUUGCAAUCUUAUUCUUGCCAGUAGUUUAGCCUAUGCUUUCUGUACACUAAUCUAGCAAUCGGGUGUGCGAUCACCUGCGCUAUUGGCACCAUUCCAAUGAUAAACCAUUGCGUUUUCCAAUGUUAUCCGCAUAAAAGUUAUCGCUGAGAAUAGGACAUAAUACAAAUGUCAUUUAAUCCUGCACGGCAAGGCGCAGAGCACAGUGUGUGUCCUGUGACAUUGCACCUGAAUGUCUACUUGGCGAGAGAGAUGAGUUUUGCCUCGUCUUCCAAAAGAGAUUCGUCGCGCCUUUCGCAGGAAGAACAUGGACUAGAACUGGAUAUAUUUGGAACUCGUUGGAUAGCCAAACGUUCUAAGCCUGAAUGAAAGAGAUCACACGUUAAUUAUCUGGUUAUGGUAUUUCAACAAAGUAUGAAUUUCAACAAAAUUUGAGCUUAAAUUCGUGAACGUUCUCUUGGACUCCACUGACUCCGGGAUGCCCAACAAACCAAUUGACUGAGCUGAAACUGCUUGGAUCAUGAUGCAAGCGUAAAAUUGCACCUGACAUCGAAUGCAACACAGCUGAUCACAUUUGACAAGGACCUACUAUGUCAACAUUACCAACCAGCAGAGCCAUGCCGAGCUGUACUGUGCUGGCCUGGUUAUGUACCCACCAUAGUUGCUGGAAGUGAAACCUCGCUGGAAAUAACAACAAUGUGAAAAGAACAUACAGUAUCUGAGCCGGCACAGUGGACUGACGCUUUGGGAGGUUGUCUCUCUGCCAGGCUCUGACCUUCAUCUGCCUGCUGGUCUCUGCCGUCUACCUGUCCUCCCAGCCCAGCUCUUCCUGGGUGUCUGCGUGGGGUCCUUCAGAGGGUCGUUCAGCGCGUGCCCGACGACAGCUGCACUACAGGAACGAAUGGGCCUCGUGGAAUGGCUGGUCCGUGUGCUCGCGCUCAUGUGGGGGAGGGGCCUCUGUGCGAACACGCACCUGCAUCACCAGGAACCCAGUUGGCGGACCAUGUUCAGGAGACCCCAGACAAUACAAGAUCUGCAACACCAAGGGGUGUGCUGGGGGCUCAGAGGACUUCAGGGAGAUGCAGUGUUCUGCCUACAACGACAGACCACUGGUGGCUGGAAACAGUUACAGAUGGACCACCUUCCAUGGAGGUCGGUUCUAACCCGUGUGAGCUGAGCUGUCUGGCCCAGGGUCACAACUUCUACUACAACUUUGGUCGUGUCCUGGACGGCACUGCCUGCAGUAAAGAGCCUGGAGAUAUGUGUGUCAACGGAAAAUGCUUGACACCGGGCUGUGACCUGAUCCUGGGCUCGGACCAGCAGGAGGAUGCCUGUAUGGUGUGUGGAGGACAGAACUCCACCUGUCUACACCACAGGAGUGUGUACCAGAAUGCACAGGGAGCAGCGGGUCCGUUUGGGUACAAUGAAGUGACCAUGAUCCCAGCUGGAGCUACUCACAUCCGUGUCACCGAUAACAGCAGGAACUAUCUGGCGCUCCAGAACGGGCGUUCCCAGUUUGUCAUUAAUGGGAACUGGAAGAUCAGUGUUCCUGGGGAGUACAGCGUAGCGGGAACCAAGCUCCUGUACAAGCGCUCUGUGGACACCUGGGAAAGCUUUGAGGUCCCUGGACCCACUAUGGAGGACCUGCACGUCAUGGUGUUGGUGACAGACAGGAACCCGGGGAUAGAAUACGAGUAUUGGCUCCCUCCAGACCGCUACGCUCUGUUCCAUGGCAGGAGGAGUCAGCUACGCCAGCCUCACCACACUGCUAGCUACAUCCCCUGGGAUCACCCCACCACUACUACUACCACUACUACUACUACUAGACCUCCCCCUGUCACUACAAGACCCUACUGGGCUCCUCCAGGUGGCUGGCCCAUCAAGUCCCCUCGCCACCCAGCUCGACAACCCCCUCACCAGCCCCAUCGCCCACCUGUCCUUCCCCGCCUGGAGAGGGAUGAGACCAGGAGGAACCGACUACCCCAACCACCCCGAGGAGGGCAUUGUGGGAAAUGUAGGCGGGCCCGCGGUCGAGGGGAGCGCCAGAGGCAGUACUGCCAGAAAGACUUCGUGUUCCGUGCCAAAGUCAUGAGCAAGCUGUACCGGGGUGAGGAGACGCGCUACGAUGUCCAGAUCAUCCACACCUACCACAAUCGCUUCCGCCUGGAGCACCGCGAGUUCCUGUGGGUGCCCAACGUGUGUGACUGCCCCCCUCUGGAGGAAGGGCGCCAGUACGUACUGAUGGUGCGUCGCCACAUUAACAACGAGCAGACGUUGAACCGGAUACUGAUGGAGGAGGACAGCUACGCAAUACCCUAUAAACCUAGAGAGGACGCUCUGUUGCGCCCCCUGGAGGAUCUGUGUAGUAACAGAGGGCCCAGGCCACCUGCGGAACUGAGAGGCGGCUAUGCCUAGACAUAGAGAUGUACAGUAUACACGUGCACACCUAGAUGCACACAUACUUUGACUGUCAUGACUCCUUAACACUCCUCAAGACUGAGCACUUCUGAUGGUGAAUCAGACAAACAAUGGGACUGCAUGUGUGUGUCUGUGUGUGACAUUAAAAUCCCAUACACCCCUACGCAACAACUUCCUGCCUCUGGCCCUUCAAAAGACACACAGAGAGCAACAGAACCACUAGAAUUCCAAAAUGGGGGAACUGAAAAUGGCGGAGGCAAACACUAGUUGAACUCUGGGAAGAGACUAUACUCAGGGUGACCCAGUAGAUCUGCCAGUCAGCGUGAUAAGAAGGCAAAGCCCUCAAAGAGCAAUGCAAAAGCUGACCAGCUCACAAAGUAUAGCACUUUAGGUGGACGUUAUCACCCACCUUUAAAACUUACCAAAGAGAAGAAUAUAUCCACUUCAAUGGCCAAGAAUUUGUGUUUUGUUUUGUUCCCUUUGCUAACUAGAUAACUGACUAUAACUAUCUGCCUGGGUUACUAACAGGCAGUGUUGGGGAAGCUACUCUGAAAAUAUAGUUCAUAGCUUGUAUCAAUUACUUCACACUGGAAGAGGUUAAGCUACACUUCGGCCUAGAUUCAAUCAGAACAAGCGUUAAUCGGCGAUAGCAGACACCUGCAUAACUGAUGUUUUGACAGUGCCGGAGAUGUAACAGUGUUGGAGCUGUCAAAUUGGUGAAGAGCUACUCUUCAUCAUUGUCACUCAAGUUAGAUAUUCAGAAUGACAAAGUGUAGGCUAUAUAGAAAUAAUGACUCUCAAAUUGAAUAUCAUUAGCCUAAAGAAAAUGCAGCCAAUAGCAAUGUCUGCUUCAGGUGUAAUGCCAGGAUCUGCUCUAACGCAGUUCCACCUCCGACACUGCCUGAACAACUGCUAUGCGGAUGUCGGCUAAAGCGGAUCUGAUUGAAUAGAGCCAUUACGCUACCCUAAAGAAAAAUAUAGUUGACUUUAAUAGUUACUUUGAAAAGUAGUUCACUACAUAAAAAACUAUCAUAUCUAAAUCUGAAAUGUCAUCGACUACACAGUUAAGAAAAAUGACUGCCAGAACACAUCACUCUGGAGUCAGAUGUUAACAGUGUAGUGAGAUCUGUGUGAUAGCCAGAGUGAGUGCUUUGGCUUAGCCCAGUGGCCAGGGAGAGAGAAAACAAUAGGGGGUAGUUGAAUAAAUGUCGUGGGCAGUUCCAGUAGAUAGCUACAUGGCUAAAACAAGUCAUUAACCACCAAAGACACUACAAAGAUUUGAAUGGAGUUACUACAAAAUAUAGGUAAAUUACUAACUGAAUUAAAUGUAGUGGAACUACUCCGCAGGACUGCUAACAGUUCAGUCACUCUAUGUCAAAAUAAAUGUGACACUUUACUUUCUUCUCAUACCUAAGAUGUAUAAAACUACAUAUUGUUCCAUAUUGUAUUUAUGUGGCAAAAUAAUAUCUAGAUCAUAACAUUUAUAUUUGUGUUUUGCUUCUAAAAUAUAGUCUUUUUUUAAAUCUAUCAAUGUAUUUCUAUCUAUUGAUGUAUGUGUUUUGGGUAACAAUUUACAUUAAUUUGCUCUUAUACCUGUGUAGUAACCGUGUCAUUAAUUACACUAGUAGCAUUGUAGUUACAUGUUAUAGCACAGUACUUCAUGAAUUGCAUUGUAAUUGCGUAGUGAUGGGGUUGAGUUUAUUUCACUUGUAGUAACAGAAAGCGCUCAACUCUACUACUAUUACUAUGCAUUUAAAUCUACACUGACAUAAGAGCAAGUUCAUGUAAAGUGUUACUGUGUUUUGAAUAUUAAAUCAAUCAGGUUCCCUUAGUCUGUUUUGUUAGGUCUCCUAUUGUCUAAUUCACAUGAAUAUUUACUUUUGUGAGAAACAAAAAUAUGGAUUAUUCAGUAUUUUAUAUUGGUGUGGCACUGAGUAGCUACAAAUAUAAGAAACAUAUUUAAUUUGAAUGACUGGUGAAUUAUGUGCAAUCUAUUCCUAUACAUGAACUAUGCUGUAACAAGUUAUUUUUUAUUAUCAGGUUUUAAAAAUUUGCCAACACAUUGCUUUCUUUAACACCACCGACACCACAUUUUACAAGGCGGGAUGGUCUGUACUCAUAUGCAUUUUUGUGUAGUUUGUAUAGGUAGAUUACCCCUAGAAACAUCAUUCAAACUUUAAACCCUGCUGAGUGCUGGCAUACAACUUUUUGAUAGUUUAAAAAGUUUUUUUUUAAUGAAACUAUUUUAUUUCCCAUCUUCAUUCAAUUCAAUGGGAUUUCUAAAGAUCCCAUUGUGACAAUAUCAACUUCCAGACUUCUAACAUUCCAUUCACUGCAACUUUUGACACAAAUCAGCUGACCAGUUUCUCAACAAGUUAGACACGUUGGGCAUUUGAUAUCUUCCUCUACUUCUCUGCUAUUCAAAUCUGGAAUCAGAACAGAAGUAUCUGCUGUUUGAGUUGAGUGGAGAAAAUUAGCUGGCUAACUUCAGCUAACAGCUCUCUCAUGUCUCUUCAUUAAGUCGUUGCUAUGGAUACUCACACUCUCAGGGAAAGUAAAGCAGAGGGUGAAAAGGGUGGAUGAAGAAUUGUGAACAACAAGAAAGCAGCUACUACUCCAGAGGUGGCAGCCAAGGCAACAGCGUGUCGUCCUCCUCAGCACGGUGCUGUACAUAGCCAACUAUCAAUGUGCUUAAUAUCUAACAAGCGAAGCAAGAGUAGGGAAAGAAGAAAGGCUGAUGCACAUUGACUUUUUAUUUUUUGUACGUGAAACCUUUUCACAUGCAACAACUGUAGUUUAGAUAUUUGAAUUUGAAUGAGCGUGUGUAGCCUAUUCGGUUCAGUCAGAAUGUCAUUUGUAUUAUCCAGCAACUUUCUGAGUUGGAAAAGGAGUGUGUGUGUGUGUGUGCAUAUGUCUACACUUUGUGUAGCCAUUAGCAAUUAUGGUAAUAAUAAACGUCUUCUGGUAGAGAUAGAAAGGCUUUUCCCAAAACCUUCUCAAUUAAAUGUUAACUACAAAGUA